AAUUAUUAUAGUUGCUUGAAAAUGCGCUGUUUUAUACGACCUUGAACUUAAAUUUCGAUGAGUAAUUAUUUAGCAGGUAUGAUUCGAUACGAAAUCACUUAGUUAUCAUCAGGCAAAGCAGCCUUUUAUGAACAUUCAGCAACCGAGGUUUCAAUAUUUUUAUCGACCAAACCGCGAAAAGCGUUGGCCCUGGUCAAAGCUCAGCAGCAUCAUCGACAUUCUUACUCGUUACUGUACAGCGCGUUAAAAAAUGGGACAUAAAGUGAGAAUCAUCCCGCCCUCGCAAGAGGAGUCGCUGCUGGAUUUUGAUUCGUGCGAGAAGGAACAGGAAGACUGCCACGGUUUUCUGAAAGUGGACAAAUGUUCUUUGACUAAUUUCGUGGAUUCCGAAGAUCUCACGGACACGAAAUGUCUGGACCGUGAGUUGUUAACAACACCGUACAAAGUUGGAGGAAAGAGGUUCAUGGAACGGAGGAAAAGUGAAAUAACCUUGGUUGAUCUGGAUCCGAAUCACGAGGAGUUUCCGACUGGACUGCUGGGAUGUAUGGCGAAACCUGGAUCCUGCAUCGCAUCUUUUAUCUGCCCAUGUGUCGCUGAGCUAUACGUUGGAUAUGCCUUUGGACGAAAGUUCGUGGGAGCGCUGCUAUUUUUCUUAACAAUUGUGAUGAUAGCAGUCUAUGGAGUAUUCUGCUAUUUCGAGAACAAGUUGCAAAAUGCGGAGUCAAAAGCAAUCGCAUAUAACCAGGCGGGUCUGCAUAUACAAACUAAUUUGAAGCCCCUGAAAACGUGGUCGCUUAUCUUAUACUUGAUGCUUCUAACGAUUAUCGCCAUUCGUUUGGCGCUGUACAUCGUAAUGCGAAUUCAUGUUCGCUCAGAACUUGGACAUCGACUGCGCAAGAACCCCGACAUCUGCAAUAGUCCGGACUAUUGUGCAGUGCUGUGGUGCAGUAGUUGUGUCUUGUGCCAAACUGUGGUUGCAGCUCAAGAAUUCGACCCGCUAGACAAGACUAAUCCUUACAAACCAGUGUGAAGCGCAGUCGUUGAAGUGACGGAGAAAACUUACGUCGUUGAGAUCGCAAUUCUAAAAUUAAUGUGUAUUGAAUGCGCUGAUUAUCAAUUAAAGAAUUGUCUAA